AUGUUUUUACCAUUAUAUUUAAUUGUUGUUAACUUAAUAUCUUCAAAGACUUUUGAGUUUAGUUCAAGCCUAUCAGUUUACAAUGGUGAGUCCUGGAUCAACACGAGGUCGAAGAUUGUAUAUCUCGGCCAACCUCUCAAGUUACGAUGUACAACGACUGCGUCUGAUAACAUAACAAUCAGCCGAAAGGAUUAUGACAGAAAUGUAACAACAGAACUAGUUACAAAAUUCGGUACUGAACUGAGGUGGGAAGUCAGUGAAACAGAGUUUUCGGAGUCUGGUGUUUAUGAGUGUGUUUCCAGAGGUCUGUUGGACGUAGUUACGGUGUAUAUAUACUCAAUUCUGGAUCAACGAAUAUUUGGUCAAUAUCGGUGUAUAUUCAGUUUCUCAAAAUCCGAACAUGCUGUAGCCACAGUUCAUUUGAAAGUACCGCCAAUUUUACGCUUGGUAUAUGAUCCUCCACCAAUUCCACCUUUGAAUUCUCCGGGUAAUUAUACAUGUCUAACAAAUGAUACGUGUAAAACACCAAUUUAUGAAGAUGAUUCAAAGGUCAAUUGGACAAAUGCUUGUGAAAUUCUUAUUGCUUAUCCAUUAGUUAAAUCUGGAAAUUUAAUGUGGGCAUGGACUCAACCUCAAUGGGCAGCAUAUAUAAUUCGUAGAGUUGAAGAAGUGGGUAAAGCAAAUGUAUUAUCUGAUUUUUCAGUAUUACUCAACAAUGAUGAUGAAAUGCAUAGUUAUGGACCAUGGCAAGUAUUAGAACGUAGACGACGUAGAUCAAAUGAUGUAGACAUUGACUUUGAAAAACCAGAUCUUGUUAAAUCUGGUCCAAUUCUAUUUUGGUGUUGGGCUAAAAAUGAUAUUGGAGAGACAACUACCUGGUGGCCUGGUCCUGUUGAAGACUAUGGUUAUUCAAUAUGGUCUUCUGUUUGGUGGCCAUUACUUGGUGUUACACUUGAAUUGGCAAGUUUAGCUGUUGUAUUCGCUUUUUUCGAUAUUGUCGUCGACAAAGAGUAA